CGCAUAGAAAUUAUAAGGGGCCUAUGGAAAUGCCGAUCCGCCCUGAACUGGUAGACCGAGGCCCGGAAUCUGGUUUUAGACCAGUACCUCCCGUGGUUCUAAGCCAGGCAGCUUGGGGGCCACGUCCGUGUGGUCCGGCGGGCUGCCCCGCAGUCCAGCGUGACAAACCCUCAUUCUCCGUUCUGUGCACCGAGUGACUGAGGCCCCAGAGAGAAUGCCGCAGCCAGCCAGGAUUCAGACCCAACAGUACACUCUUCAUGGCUGGGCUCUCGGUACAGAAGGGCUCUGUCGAGAGCGAAGAGUCGGAGGGGAGCAUGGGGUUUACUGCGGGGCUCCAAGCUUUUGGACGUUUCUGGGUACUUUCAUUGCAAGAAGUGUCCAGGAAUUCAUGACCUUCACAAGUCAACUGAUUGUGGAGCGCUCAGCAAAAGGCAGCAGAGCUUCUGUCAAAGAACAAGAAUACCUGUGCCACGUCUACGUGCGCAACGACAGCCUUGCAGGAGUGGUCAUUGCUGACAGCGAGUACCCGUCCCGGGUGGCUUUCACCUUGCUGGAGAAGGUGCUGGAUGAAUUCUCCAAGCAGGUGGACAGGAUCGAGUGGCCUGUCGGCUCCCCUGCCACCAUCCACUACACGGCCCUGGAUGGCUACCUCAGUGCCUACCAGAACCCCCGAGAAGCUGACCCCAUGAGUAAAGUGCAGGCUGAGCUAGAUGAGACCAAAAUCAUUCUGCACAACACCAUGGAGUCCUUGUUGGAGCGCGGCGAGAAGAUCGACGACCUGGUGUCCAAGUCCGAGGUGCUGGGGGUGCAUUCCAAAGCCUUCUACAAAACGGCCCGGAAACAGAACUCAUGCUGUGCAGUCAUGUGACCGCAGCCAGCAGAGGCCCCUGCACUGCAGAGUCACCGUCAUUCCAUCAGGACCGCAGCUCCUGGAGAAGAGGGCUGCCGGGUGACGUCGCAGAGCGGGCAGACUCGGCUUUCACUCCGGAGCUCCUGGCGGAACGGAGGGCUGGUGGAAGGGACCUGGGCUGGGGAUCGUUCAAAUUCACGUGUCUAGUUGUUUUUGAAAAGAAAGUUUGAGGCCCCAAAGGUGUAUUUUCACGCCUAAUGAAACCAUAAACUCAAGUGACUCCUGCAGAGGGCUCGUUUGUAACCCUGGGCGGGCCCGGCUGGCUGCGGUCCCCUGUGCCGGGCCCGCUCUUUGUCGGGAGCCCUUGGGUGUCCUGUGCGUCAACUAUGAACACUCCAGUAAGGGCGGUCCUGACCCACAGGGCUGGGGGCAGGGCGCACACUUGGUUCUCUGGGGAAAGCCUCCCGGGGCCACUGGGGUGGGGGUGAGCAGGGCGCCGGCCAGUGUUGCAGGGCCAAGGCCGUGAGGACAGUCCCUGGGCGUCGCAGAUCCUGAGACGUGGUUUGCGUUCCUGCGGAGAUUGACGUCCACACAGUCCCACGGAGGUGCCCGCAGCCUCGCGGCUUCGCCUCGAACGUUGCUCUCAGCUGCGCGCCUCUCCGGCGACUACCUGGGGCCCGUGUGACUUAGCAAGUGCUCUUUCCUGUGGCCAGCGUGAUGGGCACCGAGAGGAGGCGCCAGCCGACCUGAAGACUCACGUGGUCUGAGCCAGUCCCCCACCCUGCCUGGCCUGCAGCAGGAAGUCCAGCCCUGGGAACAGACCCACAGGGUGGCCCAGGCGAUGACCAGCAGGUUCGGGCCCCACUGGGCCUGCCCAGCCCCUGGGUCCUAUUGCCGUGUUCCAAACUGUGCUGCCUGAGAACGCAAGCUCAAGGUCUGCCCUUGGGACCUGUCCUCGUGGAGGCCCUUGCUGCGGUGGCAUCAGCCAGGGUGGUCCUGUCCUCACAGCCCCUCCCGGAGAAGGUUGCUUCUGGCCCUACUGGGCAGGUCCCACUGCCUCUAUGGGAAGCUGGGCUUUUGAGGACCCCGUGCCCGACAGGUUUCUGUGCCGCUGCCCUUUCUGUCUGGACACUGCUGGCCGGAGGACUCGUCUUCUGUUGCCAUCCACACCCCCAAAGGCGAACGCACAGACCCACCCUGCUCACGGCUGGGGCCCUGCCUAGGGAGGUUCAAGUGUGCCUGACUGUCCUGCUUGUCGGGGUGCUGGGGAGGCACCGAGGGUGGGUGCAGGUGGGGUAGAGAGGGAGCUCAGGCCCUGUGCCCGUUUCCCUGCCCACCUCCAUUCUAAUGUCCUUUGGCAGAUUCUACUAACUGCCGCCUCGCUUCUCUGUUUCAAGAAGUCCCUACCUGGAUAAAGUUCUGUUUUGAAAUUC